GAAAUGGAUGAAGCAAAAUUAUCAAUAUUUCAGAGUAUAGAUGCACCAAUAAGUGUUGCACAAGAAGGUUUAAUAUAUUUUGAAGACCGGAUUAGUGAUGAUAUGAGACAAAUACGUCGUGAACAAUUGUUAUCAGUUACAGAGGAUGACGUUAAAAAGGCCGCGAAAAUUUUAGAACAACAAGAACAUUUAAAUUCUAUUACGAUUAUUGGAGAAGGUAAACCCGAAAUUUUGGAAGAUAGUAAAUGGAAG